CGUGUUUUCCGUUUCCUCUGUCUUUUGGUAGGCAGACUUGAACGCGUGUAGAGGUGUGGGUAGCGCUCUCAACAUGCAGAUUUUCGUGAAGACCCUCACGGGCAAGACUAUCACCCUCGAGGUGGAGCCCUCGGACUCGAUUGAAAAUGUCAAGGCCAAGAUCCAGGACAAGGAAGGCAUUCCCCCGGAUCAACAGCGUCUGAUCUUCGCCGGCAAGCAACUGGAAGAUGGACGAACUCUGUCCGACUACAACAUCCAGAAAGAGUCGACGUUGCAUUUGGUGUUGCGUCUGCGUGGAGGCGGUAAGAAGCGCAAGAAGAAGAAUUACACCACUCCCAAGAAGAUCAAGCACAAGCAUAAGAAGGUCAAAUUGGCCGUGCUGAAGUACUACCGCGUGGACGACAACGGCAAGAUUCACCGAUUGAGACGCGAGUGUCAGGCCGAGGAAUGCGGCGCGGGCAUCUUCAUGGCUUCCCAUUUUGACCGUUAUUACUGCGGCAAGUGCGGGCUGACCUAUGUGUACGCUGAGAAGGACGAAAAGAAUAAGUAGAUGAUGGGAUUCUUCUUGUGCGAUCUUUGGAUUCGAAAUAAAAGCUUUCGUCUGAAACUUUCA